AUGGCCUCCGCUGAUACUGUUGACCUGGGCCCUGUCCACCCUCCCAAGGAGGAUUCUAUUACCGCCUUCAAGCAUAUUCUCCCUGAUCUGAAGAAGAGUCUUGUUCAUCUCUGUCACGACUACAACAAGCACGAACCAAAGUAUUUUGCUGCUGCUGGAGACAUCUCAGACCACGACCUCGUAGGUUUCAGUGAAGACGACUUUGAGUCGGUCCGUGUCGCUACAUCAGCCUAUGGCAUCCAUCUCUUUGGCAAGGUUCGCAUUCCCGCCUUGUCCGAAUCUUCAGGCUCUGCCUACAUACACUUUCGUGUCUUCAUUGGCGGCGGUGAGCCACCAAAGCUUCACAGCAUCCACACUGAAGAGCGUGAUGACCCUAGUGGCGGAAAGACGUACAGAGCCAUCUUCACAAAGGACGAUGAGCUUGAGUGGUUCGAUACCUAA